AUGUCUCUAGCUCCAGAAAUCCUGUUAUCUAGUGCAGCAAGAGAAAGGUGUAUUUCUAACAUAAGUGAAUUACCGUCCUUUAAUGUACGAGGUGGAAACCCGAAGCACACUGCGUCUGUCUUAGUACCUGUAUGUGUGGAUAACAGUGAGGUCUGUCUUUUGUAUACUUUGAGAUCCAGCAAUCUAAGCUCACACAGUGGUCAAGUGUCCUUUCCAGGCGGGAAAAUAGACAAAGACGAGACCGUAUACGAUGCUGCAUUAAGAGAAGCGGAAGAGGAAAUAGGUGUGCCUGCCAAAGACAUAAAUAUUUGGACCAAAAUGAACCAAGUUCAAGGUCGAGAUGGAAACAUGUUGAUUACACCUGUUGUAGGCGAAAUUAUGAAUUUUGAUAUGAAGAAGUUGACUCCAAAUGAAGGUGAAGUAGCUGAUAUAUUUACAAUUCCUAUGAAAGUUUUCUGUGACACAAAUAAUCAUGGUUGCUUUAAAUACAAUAAUUAUGCCAUACCGGUUUACAAUGGUGGCAAACACACAGUAUGGGGCAUCACAGGAAUAAUCACACACAUGUUCCUGAAUUCCUUUUUGCCAAAAGAACUUUACUGUCCAGACUUUUUAAGAAAAGAAUAUAAAAUCAAUGAGUUGUUGCCUGCAAAACUAUAA